AUAGGAUUUUUUAAUUAAAAUGCACCUGUCCCUAACUUUUGAGUCUUUACCGCAACACUUAUGAAAUGCCAUAGAAAAACAUAUUUCCUCAAGCCAAACAAAUCUAGUUUCCAUGGAAACAGAAGACUUCAGGAGACCACAUUGGGCACAUGGUUUGAACUUCCACAAUCUGUGUCCCAAAAUUUGGAGAAAUCAAGAUGAAACCUAAUUCAACAGAAAGAUCAAGGAAAAGCAGAGAAAAAAUAAUGAACAACCCAGAAAAGCAUAAAGAGUAUCUGCAGAAGGAAAGAGAGCAUUACAACAAAAGAAAGGAAAGUGGACAACUGAAGACUGUCUCACAGAUGACAAAGAAAGAGGUGAAUCUGAAAAGAAGACAGUGGAAAGUUUAUGACUGUCAUAAGGACACAUCCUGCUCUUGAGGUCUGAAGUUGAGCAUAUAAAGCCUAACACUGGGACACAAGGACACAUUUAAACUGAGGAGAAAGAUGGAGAUGAGAUCAGUUAUUGUUCUGCUCUGUUCCUUUGCUGCUGUGAACAAGGUUCAAGGUCAAACGACCACUGUGGGCAACUUGACCGCUGAUGGGAUCAUAAGAUUUUGUGGUGGGUACUUGACCCAACCCCAAGGAGAGUUUACUAGCAUUAACUAUCCUCAUCACUACCCCAACAACAUUAACUGCACAUGGAGGAUCAUGCAACCUGGUAAUGGUAUCAUAACCAUCAAUUUCCAGAACAUCAGCUUGGAGUAUCAGUCAACUUGUGCCUAUGAUUCCAUCAGUGUCUAUGAUGGUCCUACACCAUCCUCCCCACUCCUCGCAAAAAUGUGUGGCGACCAGUACAACAGGGUGGUGAAAUCCACCAGAAACGAUGUAACAGUUGUUUUUGCAACUGACUCCUCAGGAACUGAAUCGGGAUUCCAUGCAGAGUACUCUUAUGUGGAUAGGCACUCCUGUAGGUACAAUUGUGGCUACAACUUUGGCAGCUGUUCCUGUGCAAGCUCUUGUCAGUACUAUGGGAACUGUUGUUAUGACUACUAUGACUACUGUGGUUCAGUGACAUCAACACCACAGACAACUGGUUACUACUCAUGUAGGUACAACUGUGGCUACAACUUUAAUAACUGCUCCUGCACAAGCUCAUGCCGAUACAAUGGAAACUGUUGUUAUGACUACUAUGACUACUGCUACCAAACAACAAUGGAGACUACAACAAUUACUUAUCCGCCAUGCGGAGGAAACCUCGAUGUAUCUGGGUCUUUCUCGAGCCCCUACUAUCCAAACUAUUAUCAUGACAAUGCCUACUGUGAGUGGAGACUUUCGGCUCCCUCUGGGCAGAGGGUCCUACUGAUAUUUUCUGACCUGGAGCUACAGGGCUGUUGUAGCUGUGACUACAUCACUGUGUAUGACGGCCCCUCAGUGGGCUACAACCAGCUGGGUCGGCUCUGCCACAACUCCUCUCUGGACACCUUCCACUCCUCCUCCAACCACAUGACUGUGCUCUUCAGAAGUGACAGCUCAGUGGGGAGGCGUGGCUUUCGGGCAGAAUUCAUCAGUUCGCUGUCAGCCAGUAAAGGCCAUGUCGAAUGCUCGUUGGACAACAUGACCAUCACAAUUUCAAGAUCCUUCCUGAGCUCUGAAGGAUUCACUGGUGAUGAUCUUUACGUGAAUGACCUGUAUUGUCGGCCUACCCAGAACAGUUACGAGGUGGUAUUCAGAUUUCUAAAAAAUCGUUGUGGAACUACAAGAAAGAUCCAAAAUGGCUGGGAGAUAUAUAAUAACGAGGUCCGCACAUACCCAAAUAAUUCUGCGGAUAUCACUUACCUGCCUCAGUUCUAUCUGUCUGUUGCCUGUCAUAUGCAAAAGGACUCCAUAUCACAAAUAAUGUAUGUGGCACACGAUAGACUGAAAUUUAAUGUCACUGGAUCCGGCCAUUACAAUACCACCAUGGCUUUCUACACCUCAGGUUUCUACCAGCAAAUUUAUGAUGAUCCCUACUAUGUUUCUCUUAAUGAGUACAUGUACGUUCAGGUCAGCCUAGGGAACCCUGACAGCAGGCUUGUCCUCUUCCUGGAUACAUGUAUGGCCUCACCAGACCCCCAGGACAACUCAAACCACCACUCCCACUAUCUACUGGCAAAUGGGUGUCCAAGAGACAGCACUUUCUACUCCUACACCAGUGGCUCUCAGUAUUAUGCACGGUUCCGCUUCCGAGCGUUCAUGUUCCUUCGCACGUAUCCUUCUGUGUACCUGCAGUGCAAGGUCCUUGUCUGUCCAGCUAACGACUACAACUCCCGCUGUCGCCAGGGUUGCCGCACCCGCAGGGCUCGAGACCUGGACCCUCAGCUCGCGAUGACCACCGUAGUCUUGGGGCCUAUCAGCCUGAGAGAUGUUCAGCAUCCUGAAGAGAAAGUGGUGCUAGAUGAUGUCUGAAAUAAUAGCAGUCAUGACCUCAUCAACUUAUGACCAACCAGUAAUGUUCAGUUUAAUCUCUAAUCAUGUCCUUUGUGAUGAACAACUUUGAUUGCAAACUACAGAUGGCCUACUUUCAUCCAAA